AUGUCCUCUUUCAACGGCUUCAUCCUUGUAGUUUUCAUUGCUUUGUCAUUUUCAAGCAUCAAUGUUGCUCUAGCAGCUCGCCAUCUUCUUCAAUUGUCACCUCUACCUUCAGUGCCUUCUUUGCCGAACCCCACAGUGCCUUCUUUGCCUAAAGCAACAUUGCCACCAUUGCCUUCUUUGCCAACACUGCCACAACCUACACUACCAACUUUGCCAACCACUCAACCAUCACUGCCUAAACCCGCGCUACCUCCUCUUCCUAGCUUGCCAACCAUGCCCAUUGUCCCUCAAAUCACUCUGCCUCCGCUGCCAAGCAUGCCCUCCAUCCCGACAAUCCCUACUACAAUUCCCUCUAUCCCCUUCCUCUCCCCACCACCUGGAAACUAG